AUGGUAAUAUCUCCAGAUUCCGGUGUCUCCUGGAUGACACGAGCACAAGCCAGGGCUUUCAAUCAGCCAACCAUGAAGCAGCGGGUGGGCGUGCAGACUAGCGACAAGUUCUACACUUUAGGGUGGUUCAGGGCAACGCGAGAAGCGCAUGCAUGCAGAUCGGGGGGAUCUCAGCUGCGGCGUAUGAGCCGGACUCUGAGGGUGUCAGCGAAUCUGAGGCCAGAAGAGACCUUGUACCAACUUCCAAGGACAUUUAGCUCGCCCCACGAUGCCCUCAACCCCUCCAUGAUUCAUCAGCUGAGUCUGAGGUCUUUCCCCCUCUGCUACCCGAAGGGGAUUAGGGGAUCCGAAUACUGUUGUGGAUUGGAACGACCAGGCCGGUGUGCCGCACAACAAUACGCAGCAGGCAGGGAGUAUCCGUUGGGUCACGAUCUUUGGAACCGAGUCGGUGCGACAGCGUACUGGUGGCCAGCGGCUUUGUGGACCCUCCUGAACCUUUGGUCGAUAACGCGUGGGAUUUCGGGUAGAUUAUCUGGUUCCUCUACACUUGAUCCGGAAAGACCCUCUGUAGAUAGUUGUUGUUAUGGAGUAUGUGGUGCUAUGGAAGGCAUUCUUUCUAUCUACUAUGUACACGGCCAACUUCAACGCGCUGCUAAUGUGAGUCAUAGGCAAGCAGAUGUGGGUUCUAUUGUGCUUUUGCCGCGGGCAGCGAGUGCAACUAAACCAGAUUUCCUCUUAAAAACCCGCCAUGGGAGGGCCGAACAGCCUACCAUAAGCAGCGGUUUACUAGGCAGAUGUUCUUCCCAGCUGAAGUUGGGAUCCACCAGGUGGCGGAAAUGGGCGCCGGCUGCUAUUGUCUUACUCAAUUGGGCAUUAGAAUUCCCAGGGCAAUCGGGUGAUCUUCACAAACCAGGGACAACAAUCAAGAUCCAUAAAGACUGGACUAGAGGACAGCAUACAGGACGGCUGCUGAAAUGA